ACUAUAGAUGGCUACCAGGUUAUCUAAUGCAAGUGAGCCCCAGCGACGAUUCUAGUCAUUGUAAAUAGCUACGGACACAAAGCCCGGUUGGUUGGUCUUAACCCAGGUUAGCUGGACAGCCGGACACGAUGGAGGAGCCGUGGGACUUUGAGUUCUUGUCCCGCAUCGCUGACAGCUGUCUGUCCUUCCUCACCGAGUUCGUGGACGACUGGCUCGCCAACGACAUGAGAGUUUGCAUAUUCAAGAUCUUACUCAGCUGGUUGAUCGUCAGUCUCAUCGCCAUUCACUUCGCCUGGAAAGUCUACGGGAACACGGUGAACGACAUGUAUUACCGACAAGGGACCGGACAGAACGGAGGGACCCCGGACACAGCCCCCCACCUGAGGGGAUGGGAAAGCAAAGCCAGGGAGACUCUGAAGACGCAUCGAGAUUAACGGGACAAUUGUUUUUGGACUUUAUACAAGUGAGACAUGGACAGUUAAAGCCCUUCAGAGACAUCCAUUGCACCCACACCUCUGAAGAACAUAAUCUUCAGUGCUCUCAAGAUGGACGCACCAUCUGGCGUCUGCCUGAAGAAACAUGUGACCAUGCAUACCAACAGUCUGACACUGAUAUGCACCAAACUGACUAUACAGUGCUGUAUGAUAUUUAUUUCAGUCUGCUAUCUCUGGUCAGUGAACAGAUUUUAUUCUGCAUAAAAGCUUGAUUUUCUUUCAA